UCAGCUAGGUAGUCCAAAAAGGUCCAAAAGACCGAAACACAAAAAAUAACUAGGAAUGGCUUCUGAAACUUCCAAAGUAUCGACGAAAAUACCUAAGCUCAACAAAAAGGUCGGAAACAAAUGCGUGAAGGAAACGAAAAGCGCAAAAUCAUCCAAUGCUGUCAAAUCAACCUCUCGAAUGUGGUCCUACUUCAGCAAACGGCAACCGGAAAGCAUUGCGAUACUCGAUAAGCAGAUGAGCAAGAACUCCCAUCAACUUGGCCAAAUUCCUGCCUACCUGAAAGAACGCAGUAGGACUUUCACAAUCAACGAAGAAGAUGUUUCAGCAUAUAUUUCCAUCCCAAAAAGUUGUGCAGCUUUGGAAGUUAUUCCUACACAUACUGAUCAAAAUGAAGCCAAAAAUUCUGAUACAAAAAUUCUUCAGAAGUCAGACAUGUCACGAUCAGUCAGCUGCGCGAAAACUCAAACAACCGUUUCAAUUUUCGAUAAAUUCACUGUGGAACACCAGAAGGAUCUAGAAAAGUGCGCCGAAUCUCGAAAAGAACUCGAAGUCCAGAUCGAUGACCUACGGCAAAUACUGCAUAAACCGAAGCUCAACAAUCAUCCUCCCUUCAAUAUCGAAAGCGAUAGUGUAAUACCUUUUCUGAAUGUAUUUUUGCAGUGUGUAUCUAAUCAUCAAGUUUCUGCAAAGGUGAAAUAUACAAAUUAGGCUUCAAUUUCAGUUCCAAAAACAAAAUAAAGCGGAUUUUUCUUUCAGAAACAUCGUAACCACCAGAAACAGGAGGAAGAAAUUCAAAAUCUGGUGUCCACCAUUGGUCAUUUGGACUUCAAAAGUGCUCAGAAUCGAAACAUGAUUCAAGCAUUGAGAGUUCAGAACAGACGAUAUAGGAAACAGGUUGAACUACUGGACUUCUACGCUCAACGGUAUUCUCAAAAGAACAAAUUCCUGAAGCAAGAAUUGGCAAAUCUGAAGUAGACUCAAAUUAUUGUAGAUUUGUCCGGAGUUUUUACGCAGAUCUGAAUAAAGUAUGACGA